GUCGCAGCGUAUCGUAGUACACAUAGAUACACAUCAUAGUUAUCCCGUUUCAGUCGCAUGUUAGGUUUGCUAGAGUUACAUUAAAAUAAUUGAUUUAUAAAACAUUUAGAGGAACAGGAAUCCACAGUCAAAAAUGGCAGAAGAAAAGAAAAAGAUUCACUGUCUACAUGUCUGUGGACAUAUUGAAGCUAUGAUGGAAGAAUCAGCCGAAAAGAAAUUCGAGGAGAAAAUGAAGGGAAGGAGAAAUUUAACAUGUAACACUGCCCAGAAUAGUGAUCAACUACACGAGCUUUAUAAAGACAAGGUGAAAGGAACACAGCCUAGUGAAGAAAAGGUUAAAAUGAUGAAGGAAUUAAUGGAGGCGAUAGAGCACGCACAACUCGUGCAUAGUAAUACCAUACUUCGUGCGAAACAGGAAGAGUCCGGACUAAAACGCCACCCAUCUACAUUGAGUCACAUGCACCACGACGACAGUGACAGCGAACCGGAAGUUGAAGAAGACAAACCUCACCCAAAAGAGACUGAUACUACAGAUACAACCGAUGAAAACCUAACAUCGGAACCAGUCGAGACAAACGCUGUAGAUCCCACUGCGGUGUCUGAUGAAGUCAAAACGACAGAUCCAGUCGAGACGAACGCUGUAGAUCCCACUGCGGUGUCUGAUGUAGUUAAUCAAACUAACGCAGCUCCAUUAGAGGAACCUGAUAAAAUGAUAACAACAGGUGACAUCAAUGAUGACCAGUAAUUUGAUAUAUGAAUAAAAUUUGAAGAAAAAAACAAAAGAA